AUGCCGCUCAGAUUGAGAUUGUUCGAUGAUGCAAUUUCCAGAUUCGUUGACGACUGCGGGGUUUCCUCGGCUGAACUCGAGGCCAUGUUGACGCCUAGAGGAAAAGGGAACAGAAUCUGCAUGAAAGACGAUCAUGAAAUGGACACGCCUUUGUCUAUUAAAAUUCCCGCAAAACCGUUGAUGCGACGACGCGCUGCGUUUGACGUCAGACGCAGCAUCUUUACAGGAAAGCGCUCUGCUGACGUACACUUAACAGAGGAGUCACCAAUACAUGCAUUCAAAAAGGCCAAAGAUAUUUCGUGUAUAACUCCCGAAUCCAAAGAACGUUUAACAAACGGGAUCAUCAGCGCGGUCGAAACGCUUGAAAUCGGAAACGACAUGAUCGCUGACGGAUCAAGCAAAUACUCACUUCCGAGAAUUCCCGGAAAGAACAAAGACCUUUCGUCCAUCUCACCGGAUGUGACGGCUGAUAUUAUUCGUGGAAGCUUCAGUGACGUCAUUGGUGACGUGACCAUUGUGGAUUGCCGUUACCCGUACGAGUUCGAGAGAAAAGCUUGCUUCAGAAACCAGUACCGGUUCCUUCGCGAGCAAGACCGAAUGUUAAACAGCGACAGGUACCCGCGUCUCAACUUCCCGGAAGUGCACCUACUCCAUGGCGGAUACAAGGACUUCUUCAACAUGUAUCAGGACCUGUGUGAUCCAAUCAGCUACAAACCCAUGUUGCAUGAGAACCACGCAGCCGACCUACGUCACUUCCGGGUGAAGUCUAAAUCCUGGACGGGGGAGGACGGUGAUCAGAAGACGAGUAGACGACACCGCAGUCGUCUAGGCCGCCAUCUUAGUUUUUGA